GGUUCAGAAUAGGCUUACUGUCCGCGUGUAUAUUCAUUCUGGCCCACCCACUAUUCCCAAACACUGGUAUACUACAUUGGAAAUAGUGUUGUACAAAUAUUUUUUCGGUUGACUUUUUUACAUUCCGGAGAAUUACCAAUGUCGAGAAAGAGGCCGAGGGAGACUAGCACUGUCAUGCCUGGAGGUUCUCAGCGCCAGUCUAAUUCGGCGAGGUCCGUUGACGUGCGCGAACUAUCACCCCAGAGUCGCCGCCGGUAUCAAAGCAAGCUGUCGUCUGCCCGUCUGCGUGAGCGCCAGCGCCAGCGCACGGCUGAAGCCGAGCGUGAUAUCCAGCAGCUCGAGGUUAGAAUCCAAUCGCUGCAGUACAUGAUUGCAUUCUACAAAGAGCAGCAGAUGCGCCAGCGAGAAGACACGCACGGAUUCACCCUGCCAUCCCGUGGCAUCAGCACCGGGCAGCCGCUAUCCAGGGCAGCCCCAGCCGGCCCAGCAUCGGCAAACAACACAGCACAUCAAGCUAAUACCAAUUUGCGGGAGCUCUCUCCUGAGAGCCGCCGCCGGUACCAAAGCAAGCUCUCAUCUGCCCGGUUGCGCCGGCGCCAACGUGAGCGCACUGCUGCGGUUGAAGAGGAUGUGCGCCAACUCGAAACCCGUGUUCUAUCGCUACAGAAUAUGAUUGACCAUCUGAGCUUAAUCCGCGGCCGCAUGGCUGGGGUAAUCCAGGAAAUGCAGCCCGACCAUCCUUACAACGGCAGUGGCGGUGCAGCCAACCUGGAUGGCGGGUCGCGGAUCUCCAUAUCCUUCUUGACCAACCCCCACGGCUAGGCUGGACCUGGCUUGCUUGUUCUUUUGAAUAGUGCAGUGUGACUUGUUUUAAAAAAUUAUCCUC